GAGCGAGAAUACGUAGUUGUGGUGUAACUGGUAGGAGUAGGUGCCUAGGUGGUGGGAUGAAAAGGCUUAUAAUCGUCGAGUGCGAGACAAAGACAGAGUCUGUGAUAUUCGCGGAGAAGGAGAACAAAUAAAAAAAAAAUCCAAGCGGAACGACAGAGCGCGAGUACGCAUCCGAGUGGUAGGCGUAUACACGGGGCCGUGGUGUGUGCGUCAGUGAGAGAUAUGCCUCGGAGCGAGAGCAGCGGAUGUGAAAGUCGACAGUAAGCGCGCAACAACGAGACGGCGACGAAAUAUCAGCAGCUCCUCGAGUGCGUUGUUAUAUAUCAGUGCCUACUCUAUUCUCUGCUCUAAAUCUUACUACAGUGCUACUGUUAUAAACACGCGAUCGAGCCCGCGCCUGACAGCGCGACGUCAAUCCACCAAGACGCCAGUCGAUUGUCCGCAGUCUCCUCAUCGUCGUCGUCGUCGUCGCCGUCGUCGUCGUCGUCGUCAGCGCUGCAGCCAUGGAGGUGCUGGACCCGAGCGUCUCCAGGGACGACCAGCCGCUUUGUCUCAACGAUUCCCUGCAGAAAGGUGGCCCAAUAGCAGAUAGUCGAUCAUGCGUAAAGUCAAGACAAAUUUUUGGUUUCAUGGGCUUUCUUGGAUUUGCCUUAGUCUAUGCGAUGAGAGUAAAUUUGUCUGUUGCUAUUGUAUCAAUGGUCAACUCAACUGCUGUUCCUAAUCCAGAUAAUGGUACUAUUGUCAUUGAUGACUGUCCUAAAACAACACCUGUUAAUCAAACUUUUCCUCCAAGUGAAGGUGAAUUUGAUUGGGAUGAAAAAACACAAGGUAUUAUUCUUGGUGCAUUCUUCCUUGGAUAUGUCAUGACCAAUGUGCCAGGAGGAAGAGUAGCAGAAAAAGUUGGUGGAAAGUUAGUUUAUGGACUAGGAGUGUUUUUAACUGCUGUCCUGACUGUAAUAAGCCCUUUUGCAGCCUACUGGGGCUUGUAUCCAUUCUUAAUCAUUCGCAUAGCAGAAGGUUUCACUGAGGGUGUCACUUUUCCAGCAAUGCACAGUAUGUUAGCCCACUGGGUACCACCUCUAGAAAGAAGUAAAUUUGCCGCUUUAGUUUAUGCAGGUUCAAACUUUGGAACUGUUAUUUCUUUGCCAUUGAGUGGCUGGCUCUGCUCUUUGGAGUUGUGGGGUGGCUGGCCACUCUCAUUUUAUUUAUUUGGUGGUCUUGGAAUAAUAUGGUAUGCAUUUUGGUUGAUGUUAGUAUAUGAUACUCCUGCAAAACACCCGAGAAUAGAUCCUCAAGAAAAAGCAUACAUAGAAUCUCUAGUGGAACCUAAGGAUGAGAACAAUACUGCUGGUGUACCUUGGCUAUCAGUAUUCACAUCUCUUCCAAUGUGGGCGAUAGCUAUUACUCAAUGUGGUCAAUCAUGGGCUUUUUACACCCUGUUGACUGAACUACCUACCUACAUGGAUAGAAUUCUGCACUUUGAUGUACAACAAGAUGCAUUCCUAUCAGCAUUACCAUACUUGACCGCCUGGAUUACUGGUCUGAUCAUAUCCAGUUUUGCAGAUGCUUUAUUAGCUCGAAAUAUUGUUUCUCCCCUCACUUCAUUCAAAAUGUGGAAUACAGUAGCCUCUUUGGGACCUAGUUUAAGCUUUUUAGGAGCUAUUUGGGCUGGAUGUGAUCGACUUACUGUGAUGAUGAUGCUGUCUGGCUUGGGAUCACUGUAUGGUGCUGUUUAUGCUGGUAAUCAAAUGAACCACAUCGCGCUAGCACCUCGAUAUGCAGGAACGCUUUACGGAAUUACUAAUGCUGCUGCUAAUGCGUGCGGCUUUCUUGCCCCCUAUGUCAUCGGUCAAAUAGUUAAUGGACAUGAGACAUUGGCACGUUGGCACACAGUAUUUUUAUUAGCUGCUGUAAUUAACAUUGGAGCAAAUUGCUUUUAUUUACUCUUUGCAUCAGCUAAAGAACAACCAUGGAGCAAUGGUCACAGUUGAUGACAAAUUGCAUCGAGAAAAGAAGCGUUCAACGUCAUGAGCGACAUGCCGAUGAAUCGUCUGACUCUCAGCACAUUUUAGUUAACGGAUAUUCUUGUUUAUGAUAAAUCAUCUUUUAAAGCAAUAUUCCGUUUUAGUUUAUUAGAUAAAAUUUGUUGUUUUUGCGUGAAAUUGGUGCGAAUAGUACAUUUAUUUAAUUGUUAACUAAAAAAAGUAUUUCUUUUGUUUGAUUGGCGAAUCAAUCAAACAGUGAUGACUUAUACAGGAUAUUUAGCUUUAAGAAUAAUUGAAGCAAGUGCUGACAAUAUCAGUAAACAAAAAUAUUACCGCGUUAGCUCUCUUUUUGCGAGAAUCUGGAUACGUCUUAUACUUCUGCUAUAUGUCUUGUUAUUUUAUCUAUAUUUUUGAGACCGUACUGUUGCCUUAAUUCCUUGUAAAGUAAAAUCAUGGCUAUCUUUCUAUUUUCGACGAUUUUUUUACGUUUUGUGAUAUCUAUUCGAUGAACGGUUAGUACAAACGAUCCGUUAUACUGUAGCAUGAAAAGAGAAUAUUAUUUCUAGUGUACCGAAGAAUAUAUAAUGAACUUAUAUAAGACUUCCUAGACUUUAUACUUCUUUACGUUGAAUUUUGAUCGUGUGUAUGAAAUGUUUAUUCGCGCAAUGUAUUUAUACAAAGGAAAAAAAUAUUUAACUUUUCUAAAGUUGUAUUUUUUGCGUAGUGUAAUUAUACCGAAACACAAGUACCAAACUGUAAAAAUGUCGUUUAUGAAGCAUUGAUAUGUUUGUAAAUUAUUACUCCUUAAUUUGCGUCAAUUGUAAAAAUAUUGGAUCCAGGCUUAGACAUCUUCUUUUAUGUAGAAAAUUAUUAAUUACCUAAGUAUAAAGUAAUUUUUUAUAAAAGCUUUAUGAAUAAAAUGUUAAAUAAUAAAAUUGUAAAUCAUUUAUGUAAUCGGUAGUAUAAAAAUAUAAAUUGUAACAAGAGGAAUAGACAGUAUUAGAAUAAUGAAUUUUAUGGUAGGAAGGGAAAAUAUAAAAUAAUCUUGCUGGAUCAAGAUUUACUGAAUGUUUGACGACAUUUAGUUAUUUUAUUAAUCGUAAAUCUCAUUACUCAAAAUUGAAAAUACCAUUCCUAUAAUAUUUACAAAAUCAUUGAUGACAUUUACGUUCAUAAUAUUAAUAAUGUUUGAACAUGUUGUGUCAUUGCUGCAUUAAAUUUUCAUUCCACUAGAAAAUUAUAUGAAUAAAUAUAAAAAAUUUAUGUAUAUAUGCAUGAAAAAUUAAAAGAAUGAAAAUACUAUUAUUUCAUUUUUAUCAACAUUCAACAAAAGAAAUAUUAAUACCUAUUCGUCUGUUGAAUCAAGUUACUUAACAAUGGGGUAAUUUAUCUAGAGGCUUAGUAUAAUUAUUGCUAUUACUACGUUUAUGAGACUGAAAAUUGUUUCAAGUUUUUCUAAAUUAAUUCUUUUAAGGAAAAUUUCUAAUGAGAAGACCUAUAUAAAUAAUGACUGCCUUAAAGAUGUGAACAUUAUGACGAAUACAAUAAGAUAAACAAAGGAUUAAACUCAAUGUAGUUAUUCGAGUGAAAAUCGUUUCUGAAUUGGAGUUGUAGGGUUUUGUAAAUGAAUUAACAAAAGAUAAUACUAGAAAUUAAAACAUUUAUAUUUA